AUGUCGGACACAGAAGAGAAAAAACAGAUAAAAGGCGAGGAGAAAGAUGUGGAAAUUCUAGAAAAAGCUACCAGUUCUACGGAUUCGCAAGAAGAAGCACCUAAAGUGGAAGCUAAAAAGGAAUUGAGCGAGAGUUUGUUAGAUGAUGAGGCUGAUUUGGAGGAAGACGUGGCUAAGUUGAGCAAGCACAAGAAGCCAGAGUCAUCUUCAAAGGAGAAUGUGGAGGAAAAGGAGACAACAAGUAUAGAUGCAGCAGAUGAAGAGGCAAGUGGUAAAAUGCAGAAAGAGGAGGCAAAAGAGAGCAUUGAUGAUACGGGAGAGGACCCAGAGAACAGAAAAAUGACUUUUGAGGAGAAAUUUGCGGCAGCAAUGAAGAAGCCAACGAAAAGAAGAAAGAAAAAUGAAGUUGAUUUGGAAGCAAUGCAAGAUGAGGCAAUUGGAAGUUUGAAGAAUGCAAUGAAAGAUGCUGCAUAUGAUGAUAUCGAAUGUGUCAAUGCACACAAGCCAGCCACACACAAGCUUCGGUUACUGCCAAAAGUGAAAGAGACGCUUUUGAAAUCGGCAUUAUACGAUUCAAUCUUGGAUAAUAACAUGCUAGAAGCGGUGAGAAUUUGGCUUGAGCCUCUUCCGGACGGAUCUUUGCCAUCUUACGAGAUUCAGAGAACGCUUAUUAUCGAGUUGACGAAACUCCCGAUCAAAACUAUUCAUUUAAGAGAGUCAGGACUUGGAAAAGUGAUGGUUUUCUAUCAGAAGUCGCCAAUUGUCGAUCCGAUUCUAAAAAGAACGGCGGAGAAGCUCAUUUCAGACUGGACCAGGCCGAUCAUGGGCAGAUCUGACAAUUACAGGGCAAAGAGAGUGCCAACCGCCUCGUUUAACAUCGAAAAGCUCAAGGCAGACCAGAGAUUACACUCAGGUGCAGACACUCACAAAAAAGCAGUCAGAAAGACGCUUUAUCAGGAAAGUGCAGACAGGAGAAAGAGGGCAGCAGCUCCAGAAGUUUCUGCGAAAGUUUACAGUAUUGCACCGCAGGUUAAUGUGGAUGAACUGCGGAGAAGUGGAAGAUCGACAGUUGCAGCAAUGGGAAUCGGAUCGUCUCUUAGUAGAGAUGAAAGAUUCAAGAGAUUGAACCAGAAGCUGACGCACUUGUCGCAAAAGAAGUCGUCGAAGAAGAAGGGCGGUGUUUCUAUUGAAGGUAAGGGUGUGAAUGCAUUUUAA